AUGUUGGUAACAACCAAAUGCAAUGAAGACAUACAAAGAAAUCAACCCAUACCAUAAAAUGUUUAAUAAUGUGAAAUGACACAGGGAAAAAAAUAUUAUUUAUACCUUUGUUGGUAAUGAAGGCUUUGAGAUGCCUCCUGUAUGGAGAAACUGGUUGCACGAGUUUGUGGUUUCUUCUAUAAUCUCUGAUCUUUAGUUCUUUCCAUGGAUUUUCAAUUGGAUUCAAGUCAGGUGAUUGGCUGGACCAUUCUAGCAGCUUUCUCUAAAAGUUUCCUCGGCUGUGUGUUUGGGAUCGUCAUCUUGCUGGAAUGUCCACCCUCGUUUCAUCUCUAUCAUCCUGGUAGAUGGUAGCCGGUUUUUAUCAAAAAUGUCUCGGUACAUUUUUCCAUUCAUAUUUCCUUCAAUUAUAUGAAGUUUGCCAGUAUUGUAUGAUGAAAAACAGCCCCACACCAUAACGUUUCCAUCUCCAAACUUCAAUGUUGGUAUGGUGUUUCUGGUGUGAUGUGCAGUGCCAUUUGUCCUCAAAACAUGGUGUGUAUUAUGGCAUCCAAUGAGUUACAUUUUGGUCUCAUCUGACCAGACUUUAUUCUCCCAGUAUUUCACAGGCUUGUCCAAAUGUUGUGCAGCAAACUUUACACGAGCUUCAACAUGCUUUUUCUUCAGAAAUGAAGAAGUCAUAGGUGGUGAGUCAACUAGAAUUUAAAGCUUCUAUGGACACAAUCAGGUUAAGCAUAGUUAGAGUACUUAGAGAUCUUAAUGCUGUUGGUAUAACUGGGAUAAUCCCUGCAUUUAUAACUGGGCAACAAACAGUGAAGUGGAUGCAAUGAUAUUUACAGUAUAUUUCCACUGCUGAGCCUGAAGAUGUGGAUAUAUUUAGAUGAAUAAUUUAAAGCAGUUACUAUUGUAUUAUCAUAGUUUGAAUAGGUUAAAUAAUUGUAAUUUGAUAGCAGUAUAUUUUGCAUAAUGUAUCACGAGUACAUUUUUUAUUUAUCCUUAGCAAAUUUACUAAACGGCAAGGCAUCAUGGACUGACAAAACCGAGUGCAUAGCUCAGCUUAAAACAGCAUAGUGUGUUUCGCUUCAGUAGCUUUAGAUGUUUUCAUGCCUCUCUAAACUGAAACAGAGAGCACUCGAGCAUGAGAGAAGGUUCUGAUGACACUUUAUAAGAGACAUGUAUAAAAGGACGAAUGUAUAAAAUGCUCAGUUCACUUAACAGACCGAGUAUCACAAGGCUAAUAAGGUUCUAGGUUCUGUGAAUAUUAGCAUUUUUUAGCAUUGUCUCUCGGAUGACAUGGCUUUACAAGAUGUGUGCGAUUUUCUCGACCCCUCUAGUGAUCUUCAUUGGAACGCUCCACGUUCAUGGUCCAAGUCUCUCGUGAGUACCUUUCACGUAGGUGGGUCGAAUACCAGAUGGCUGCAGGAAACCAGAAAUUCAAGUCCACUGGAAUUUUAUGUACCGGUGCAAGAAUACCUAACAAAAAGCCCUAUUCAGUUUGGUCAAGCCCAGCCUAUUUUAAACAACUCACCUUGGACUUCUAAAAGCAAUGACUGUUCCCAACACUCCCCGAAUUCUCUCUCAACCUCUCCCUCUGUUCCUCUGCCAUUCCCUCUGGGUCACGGCACCACCACGCUGGCAUUCAUCUUCCAGGGUGGCGUGAUUGCUGCAGCAGACUCCCGAUCCAGCUGUGCAGGAUUAGUCGCGUGCCCGGCAUCCCAAAAAAUUAUCCCUGUCCAUUCCCAUCUGGUGGGGACCACGUCGGGAACCUCGGCCGAUUGUGCCCUCUGGAAGCGCAUCAUAGCGAGGGAAUUGAGACUUUACCAGCUCCGAAACAAGCGAAGGCUGUCGACAGCGGGCGCCGCCAAGCUCCUGUCCCACAUGUUGCACCCUUUUAAAGGCACUGAGCUGUGUGUAGCCGCUACUCUCUGUGGAUGGGAUGUACACGAGAAAGAGGUGACACAAUGUGCAACUGGCAAAUCGUCCAAUAGCAGACCACUGGCAGAAAGUGAUCCCGAAACCUCUGGACAAGACAGCGAUGGUAAAGCUCUGAUGACAACUAGAGAUCCUUUCCAAAGUGAUCCUAAAACCCAAACAACACCCAUUUCUACUUCAACAACAACAAAACUCUCCGGUCCGGGCCUUGUUUAUGUGUGCAGUGAUGGCCUCCGUUUGAAGGGUGAGCUUUUCUCAGUGGGAUCGGGUUCUCCCUAUGCAUACUCCAUCCUGGAUGAGAGGAUUCACUGGGGGAUGAGUGUUGACGAAGCGGUCUCUGUGGCCAGGGAAGCCGUGUAUAGGGCCACGCACAGGGACGCUUACUCGGGCAACAACGUCGACCUGUACCACGUUACCGCUAAAGGCUGGACACGUCGGAAAAGGGAGGACCUCAAAGAAGAGUACUACAGAGAAAAGGAGAGAGAGAAAACAAAAAUGGAAGAGAGGAAGAAGGAAAGAGAGAGAGAGAAAGUCAAAAAAGAUGACGAGUCUGAAUUUCAACAGUAACCAAACAAAGAUAAAAUAAUAAAUACAUUUGACCCAUGUGUGAGUGUUUUAUGUAUUGUUGUUAUAUUAUAGGAUAAGAGUACAAAUAUAUAGAAGAUUCAGAUUUUUCAAAUUUCAAACAUAUUAGCUUUAAAAUGUUUGCUCUGCAUUUUACUUGAGUUUACUGAUAAGUCUAGAAAUAAGAGUUUGUGUUGUUCUAUGUUAAAUAUGAGAUCAGCGUUAUUUUUCAUCCAACGUUUUCCCAAUGUAUUUUCAUGGAGGACCCUGUAGAGCUUCCAGAGAAAAUUUGUCUCUUGGAGAAACGUUGGUGUUUGUGCUUUUUAAAUGUAACCAGUAACAUCGAACCAAGAAGGUGUAUCUAGUUGUGUGUCAAUGUUUUCAAUGGUGUCCUGAUCCUUACAUACGUUUAAGGGGAAAAUUGUUUGGACAAUAAAACCGGUGUAAGUGAAUGGAUUUCAUGUUUAACUGGGUGUUCACCAUUUUGCUAUGAGAUAAAACGACCAACCGCAUUUUAUUUGAAGUGGAAAGGGUGCAGUUCCUGACACACAGUAGGAACUAGAAGAAAGAAAAAAGAAAGUUCGAGGUAAUGCUCCUUUGCAAAAAAACAAAAAACACCAAGUGGGCGUGAAUACAAAAGAUAAUGACAAGUAACAUGCAAUGUGGUGUGACAGGAAACACUGAUCAUAUACUGUAGGGAAGUAAACAGUGUGAACGCAGACUGAAUCAGAAAGGACUUAUUUGUCAAAUAUAAAAAAUGGUUUUUAUAUUAUAGUUGGGAAGUCAAGUGGAUUUCAAGUUGCACAUCUUCCACAGAGAUGCAAAUCCACAGAGGAAAAACAGGCUGUUGUUUUGCAUUCCUUUCUUUUGGAAAUAAUGGGAGAGUGAGAAAGAGAGAGAGAAAGAAAGAGAGAGAGAGAGUCUGUGUUAACUCUCUGGUAUCCUUUUUUCAUUUCCUCAACUUGAGUCUAUUUUUAUUUUGAAUAAUUUUACAUUCACACCAGACACAUUCAUAAAGUCAAUCAAACACGGCCAACUUCAGCAUGAUGGGCAACGCUGGGGUAUAUUUC